AUGGCACCAACUAUCAAAGCAGAUGACAUCACAGGGUUCCGGAACUCCAGCAGUGACACGGAGAGUGACACGGAGAGUGACACGGAGAGUGACACGGAUAGUGAGACGGAGAGUGACACGGAUAGUGAGACGGAGAGUGACACCGGGAGUGACACCGGGAGUGACACCGGGAGUGACAUGGAGAGUGAGACAGAAGAGGCCAGAGCCGAGUGGGAGGGUCUUCAAGAGCAGCAUAAACUGGCUCAAGAAGAACUGAAGCUUAAAGACCUUAUGACGGAUGAACAGAUCUUGGCUCUGCAGCAGGAAGUAACUGAGGUCACCGAUCAGUUAGAGGCCGUUGAGACCAGUUUGAGGCGAUCACUGGGUUUGGCGAACGAGCGAUCGGUAAGGUGGGAGCAAGCCCACCAACAGCUGCAGCUCCAGUUAUCAGAGAAAGAUUCUCAGUCUGUAGCAAUACAGAUGGAGACCGAGACACAACUGAGGAUUAGAGAUGAACAGAUCUUGGCCCUGCAGAAGGAAGUAACUGAGGUCAAAGAUCAGUUGGAAGGAGUUGAGACCAGUAAAAGGCGUUCAUUGCGUUUGGCGCAGGAGCGAGUGGAGCAGUGGAAGACCCAACAACAGAAGCCGUUACCAAAGAAAGACCGUCAGCUCCAGACUCUGAUGGAGGGUAACGAGUCCAUGACGUCUGAUAAUCAGACAGAGACUGGGCCACAGGUACCACUGGAUCAGACGGUACAUUUAGAGACAGAGGGCGGGAUAGAGACUGCGAUAGAGGGCAAGAUAGAGACAGAGGUCCAAAUCUUCUCCCAGAAAGACCAGGCCAGUCAAGGGGAGAUACCGCAAAACAGGGAGCUCGGUCAGAAUGUUAGGACGCUGGUCCAAACCUUCUUCCAGAAAGACCAGGCCGUUCAAAAGGAGAGACAGCGAGCUGAAGAAUUACGAGAAAAAACUCAACGCAAGGACUCGGCUGCAAACUCCGGGUGGAACAGGUUGUAA